CGAGGAGAGAGUGACUCAAGGAGGAGCGGCCGGCGCGGCUACCCAAAGGCGCUAGAGGCGCCCAGAAGUUUCCAACGGGGCAGCUGUCCUGCGUCUCUCCACCUCCUUCUCCUCCUCCUCCCUCUUCCCCUCCUCUUUGGCGUGAAGCUGCUAUUUCCAGACACUUCCACCCCCUUCAGCUGUCCCCUCCCCUUCGCUGUUAAGCGAUAAAGGUGCCCGGCCGGUUUGGGCGGCUUCGCAUGACUCUUUCCCAGUUGAUGGCCCGGCAGCCGGCCGAAGUGGUCGUUUCCCCGCGCUCCUUCGCUCCGACGCCCCGGGCCUUACGCUGAACCUUGCUCUCGCGUAGUAGGAUGAGCGCUGCGGCUCAGUCUCCCGCGAUGGUGCGGACGGAGACCGGAGGAGGCGAACGCGACCCGCUGCCUCCGGGCUGGGAGGUGAAAAUAGACCCGCAAACCGGGUGGCCUUUCUUUGUGGAUCAUAACAACCGCACCACCACUUGGAACGACCCGCGCCUGCCCGGGGACCAGCUGAAGGAAAGUCAGUCAACAAACGGUAUUUCUCGAAAUAGUCCAAACCAGCCUCAAGUGAGAGAUGGAAACGUGGGAUACCCAAAGCUUCGUGCUGGUUACAUCCCUAUUCCGGUCAUUCAUGAAGGUGCAGAGAACCGGCAGCAGCCCUCAUAUUAUUCUGGCUAUCAGCCUGGCAUGCAGCGGGUCAAGGCAGAAACCAUUCCUUCCACAGCACGAGCCCCAUCACCUCUAAGAGGAAAUUUUGCCCGUUCACAGUCUCCAGCUAGAGGACCUCCAGAAAUUGCCCAGACAGAUAAACAGUGUGGACAGACAACAGCAGCUGCACCAGGCCGUGUUUCUCCUUCUCAUGGAUCUGAGCAGUCUCCAUCUCCUACACCUUCUGAAUCACCAACAGUGUCUCCUCAGUCAUCAGGCAGAUCCAACUCAGGAAGCCAUCAGCUCCCUCGUGGAUAUAUUCCUAUCCCUGUGAUCCAUGAAGGAAAUGUACCAAAGCAGCCACCGCGGGUCUAUCAUCAGGCACAGAAGACACAUUAUCCAGCCCAGCAGAGUGAAUACCAAGCUCACCAACCAGUGUACCAUAAAAUCCAAGUUGAUGAUCAGGAACAGAAGCCACAACGUGCACAGUCCCCAUUCAGAGUGUCACAGAGAGGCUCAGCAAGUCGUGAAAGCUCACCGGGCAGAGUCCAGUCUCCAACUCCCAUCAGAAUACAGUCAGCCAAACCUCAGGCUUCUCAACAACAAAUGCCAGCCCAAGGAUCAGCACCAACUCCACCACCUGACGCUAAGUUUGAAACCAAGAUAGGCCCAUCUAGAACAGAGAUCCCUGCACCAUAUGUUCCCAUUCAAGUCAUUCGCACAGAUACAGAUACUAAGCCGCCUCCACAGAAACCGCCUCCUACAGCAGAAGAUAUUGAUAAAAAGAUACCUUGCCCUGCUAAAGCUGCUCCGGCAGAAGAGAGAUCUCUUCCACAAGAAACUGAGCUACAGAAGACUGCUGAGGUGGAAGAGCCUCAGAAACAUCCAGGCAUCUUGCAAGUUGAAGCUAUUCUAAACAGAGUACAGGCAUUGGAGCAGGCUGUUGAUUCCUUUAAAGGCAAGAAAAAUGACAAAAAAUAUCUAAUGAUAGAAGAAUAUUUGACCAAAGAGCUGUUAGCCUUGGACUCUGUAGACCCUGAAGGUCGUCCAGAUGUUAGACAGGUCAGGAGAGACGGUGUAAGAAAAGUCCAGAAUAUAUUGGAAAGACUUGAACAGAAAGCAGAAGAUGUUCCAGAGCAUAUUCAAGGGGAUGAACCUCAGCCUCCUUUGCCUGAGAAUAAUCCACUUCCAGAGCUAAAAAUAGAGGUUGAUCCUAAAGGGGAAAGCAUUAAUAAGGGUAUAAGUGAUGAGAAUAACAAGGAGCAAAUCAAAACGGAAACAAAUCAGCCUGGAUCUGAGGAGGUAGCAGUCACCGACCUUGCCAAAGAAACCAGCAUAUCUGAAAAUGCAAGUGAACCAUAACCACAGGAAAAGAAUUAAAGUCCUUGGACACUUCAAGUUACAGUGUGUGUUAAGUGAAUUUUAACUUGCAUGCAUUCAGGAGCUUUGCACCAGUUGGUUUUUAAUCAAUGUAACAGCUUGGGACACUGUAAACACUCAGGUGAGGCAGAUGUGAGGUCAGAAAGAAAAUACAUUUAGUCUAUAUUCUGUAUAUUACUCAGAGGAAGUGUUCAAAGAAUAUCAUUUAAAAUGGUUGCUUUCAAGCAAACCCUUUGCAGAGAAAGGUCUUGGGUCAAGUAGAUUGAUUUAUGUAAAAUCAUUACCUAACUAUAUCAGAAUAAAAGUUUUUAAAGACACUUUUAAGGGGAAAAUGGUUCCACUGUUAGGCACUUUAAAGUAACAAUGCCUGGAAAGUGUGUUAAGAAAAGAUAGGGAUAUUUAUAUGUGUUGCAAACUUUAGUGCUAUAUUUUAAAUGGGGAAAAAAUAAAACAGUACUGUAGAAACAUGAUGGAUCAGUGUUGUUUAUAAAUUUGAAAGCUGGC